AUGCGCCUGGAGUAUGAGGUGGUCCGCUUCACCAUUAUCCCCGACCAAGGCACCCAAGUAUGGGCCUCAAUACCAGUGGGCACAAUCUUCGAUGAGACAACCUACGAAUUAGAAUCCAACUCAGACGCCAUCAAUAUCGAGGUCAACAUCAGCGUUUUGAAUCGCGCACUACGCUCAGCAUGGGGCUCAACGCAUACCCAGCUUCGUCUGACAAAAAAAGACAAAUUACCUCUUUUGGCACUUACCGUUCUCGCCAGUGAAUGGACAGAUGGGAACAUGGCGCUCGCGACAGACGAAACACCCGGCGAGACGACAGGUGAUCGGGGUCCCCGCGAACGCCAAACUUGGAUUACCCAAGAAGUGCCCAUCAAGAUCUUACACGAAUCUGCAGUUGAGGGCUUGCACGAGCCGCAUUGCCCAGACCCAGAAGUCCACAUCAUCUUGCCCAAUCUGGGCCAUCUGAAGAGCAUAUCGGAUCGAUUUACCAAACUUGCAUCCACCAGUGCCAAAGGCAAUCAGCCUGGAAUCCUGGCCCCCGAAGCACCGGGUGACGACAAUGAUACAUCAUUUAAGGCAAAUAAAACCACAUCUUCAACUAAUUCGUCGCCGAAGCUGGAACUGUCGGCUAACAUGCAUGGCUCGCUGCGACUGGCCAUUGCUACUGACGAAUUGCGCAUUGCGAGUGUCUGGUCUGAUCUCGUCAAUCCACCACUUGACCCUGCGCAGAUGACGCAGGAACAGAUCGACCAACUCCCUAGUGAGCGGAACCGGAUGCGACAGGCUAGAGAAGGAGAUGAGUCAGGGUGGGCGAAGGUGCGGAUUGAUGGCAAAGAUUGGAGCCGAGUGCUGAGUAUCGGACGGCUCAGUCCCAAAGUUGUUGCUUGUGAGUCUGCGGGGUGUGCUGUCAGUCCAAGGCUAACUCGAUUUGCUCGCAUAGGUUUUGUCAAUGAUAUCGCCCUCGUCCUGUAUGUCUAUUUGCCCGGGAGCUGGAAUGGCGAAGAAUCCUGUCUGACUUAUUAUAUCAAUUCAUUUACAACAUGA